AUGAAUGGGAUUCGAGCGGAGUGGAGCCUCCAGUGUUGGUCCCACCGGACCAACGUGGCCCCGGGGAAGCAGCUGCAGGUCCCACGGGAUCCACACGGUUCCAAGUUUCAGAACGAGGUGCUGAGAUCAGACGGGAGCGCCUCGUCGCGGGCGAAAGGUAGCGAGCACGUCCGUUCCCCCGGCUCGGCAUUUCGUUGCCGAAUCUGGGCCGUCGGAGGGAUGGCAGCCGAGGGGGAACGAGGCAUGCUCUCAGUGACUCCAGAUAUUUACGCUGGGACCUUCAAGGCGGAAAGGAUUUUAAAAGAAACAAGACAGUUGUGCCUACCGCUAGGAAGAGAGCGAUGCUCCAUGUUCAACGAGUUCUGGCCAUCGUCGGGCGCGGAAGAGGUUCCGGCGAUCGGGAUGCAGCGCCUGCAAUGGCUCGUGCCGGGGAGAUUCGUCGUUAGGAUGUUCCAGGUCGAAAUGGGGCGGGAGGUUCGUCUGCUAUAUAAGCUUAAGCACGUUCGUUCAGAACUCAACGUUCCGAAUCCCUUGAGAAUGAGAGUCCGUGAUCCUGACAUCUUCGGUCUAUGUUCUCUCCUGCGUGACGACGCUUCCGCCAUUCGGUUUGCUCGAGAGAAGGGGCUUCUGCCUGAUUGCGAGCUGAAGCCUGCUGGCACCUCUGCUGGUUGCAACGGCACCAGCAACGACGCAGGAGCCAGCUUGGGAAACAGAGACAACUGGUUUUCCUUCCUGGAUCGGAACGACCGUCCCUGCUCGAACCUAGGUGUUCGGAUCGUCCUUUUCAUGGUGUAUUGUUGGGGAGUAGAUUUGAAUACCUGGCAAACUCUCGGUUCCUUGUCGUCGCUUGCUUCCCCGUUACGCGACGAGACGGUCGUCGAUUUGAGAUUCUUCAUUCGAGAGGUUCUCCUCGAGGCUUUCCGUGCAGCACCGCCGAUGGGCGGGCCCGGCGAGAUCGUCGAGCUCGACGAGAGUUGCUUUCGGUGGAAGAACAAGCGUGGGCGGUUGUCGGCACGUCACGACUUCUCACCCGCAUAUCAAAAUUAUGGGAACCGAGUGGUCGGGCCGUGGGUGUUCGGUAUGGUGUGGCGUCACGACGGAGUGGUCGAGAAACGAUUAUUCAUAGUCGAUCGAAGGGACGAGAGGACACUGCUACCUAUCGUCGAGAGGCACGUCUUCCCCGGGAGCACCGUCCGCUCGGACGAGUGGGUUGCCUAUAGGGACUUGUCGAGGCGGGGCUACGUCCAUCAGGUUCUUCGCUACGAUCCGGAGGGAGAGGAUACUCGGCGGAUCGAGGCGCAGUGGAGAGGCCUGAAGCAGAGGAUCGUCGAGAGAUCGCGCGACACGAGCCACGACAUGCUCCCCGGCCACCUCGCAGAGGGGUGGUGGCGAUCUCUCCACGGGAAGACGCCGUUCCGAGACUUUUUGCAAGAAGUGCGCCGCCAGUACCCCCAUUGCCCGAGGACUCAACAUCCCAUCCUCGAACAGCGAACUACCUUCAGCUUUGUUUUCCCUCGACGACCAAGACGAACCAAUGUGGAGGUUCUGGAAUGGAAGUUGCGACUCCAUCUCGGAGAUCUUGGAUGCAAGAAACGCGAGUCUCGCUCGAACCAAGGUGCUCUACCCGAGGCAUGGAAAUCCUUGAGGAACGUGGCAAGGAACAGUUCCCAGUCAGGCUUUGCAUCGGGGAGCGACCCGACAGAGCCGGAGCAACAGCGCCCCCAGCCCAGGACCCUGGCCCUGGCGGAGGGCUGCGCAUGCGCUCUGAGCCGAAUCGUCCGAUUGCCGUGGGGACCGUGGACGGACGGAACGGAGAAGCGACUGACAGUCCGCAACAUCUUCCGUUUCCCCAUAAAGUGCGAAGAUGAGAACCUUCUCGAUUUCCGGGAACGGAAAAUUGUUAUUCACUGGGGUACGUCGCACGUGACGUAUCACACAAAAUGCCGACUCAGCUGA